AUGAAGCAGCCUCGAAGGAAAGAGAACAAGUCAGAUGGAUCCUUGAAGCAGCAAUCGAAUGAUAUAAAAGUCAAGACACUUCAAAUGAAGUUACAAGGAUUAAGCAUCUAUGAAGCCUUAGGAAGUAUAUGUGAGGGUUUUUUUGCUAGUGAGAUAUUUGCAUCUGCAUCUGCAUCUGUUCAUGUUAUUGUUUUCUUUGUGUCGAAGGUUUAUAAAUACAGAAGACAACAAAUGCAACCUGUUACAGCAAAUGUGUUGUUACCUCCAAUAAAGUGCAGUUUUAGCAUAGAGCAAGUUAUAAACGCACCCAUUGAGGUGGUAUGGUCUAUCGUCCGUCAAUUCGACAACCCAAAAGCAUACAGGAUGUUUAUCGGUGAAUGUUCUUCAACUUCUACGUCUAAUGCUGUUGGAUCAUUUCGUCACAUAGCCUUUGUUACUGAUUUUCCGUCAACGGUGAGCAUUGAGCGGCUUGAUGACCUCAACGAAGAGAAACAUGUAAUGGUGUAUAGUGUUGUUGGUGGCGAUCAUACUUGCCGUCUUCCUAAUUACCAAGGUAUGAUUUCGGUUAAAGAGAAAUGUAGUGGUGGCCAAAGGAGGACAAUUGUAACCGAAAAAUAUACCGUCUAUGUACCAGAGGAUAGUAAUGCGGAGGAGACUCGUUAUUUGGUUGAUACGUUGGUGGGAUUUAAUCUUAAGUCUUUAGCUCGCAUUGCUGAGUGUAUAUAA